CUGAAAAGGCAGAGGCAAAGAAGAAGGGGGGGAGAGAGAAUCGAGAGAGAGAGAGGUUCCUUCUCUGUUUUCGUGUUGAGGUCUGGAUUCUUCUUCCGCUUCUUGCCUCCUCGACAAUCAACACUUCCAUUUCUUCUUCCCUCCGUUUCUUGCAGAUGAAUCGCUUCGAUAUCGUCCAGAUUUAUCAUCAAUACUGUGGUAUUCGAUCUCAAAAUGGUCUUUGUCAUGGGAAUGGAGGUUUUGGACAUGUUGAAACACAAAUGGCCAAAAGUUCAAAGCAAGCACUUUCAGAGCUCUUAAUAUAUGUGCAAUCGUCACUGCAUACGGGUAACUCAAUCCUUCAUGAACUAUCAAAGCUGAUGUCAUAUCUAAACUUGACGGUAGACUUCUCUGAAUUUUCACGCUUCUAUGAGUUUGUUUUCUUUGUGUGCCGAGAAAAUGGUCAAAAGAAUAUCACCGUUGGUAGGGCAAUUAAAGCAUGGAGAUUAGUUUUGGAUGGGAGAUUUCGGUUACUUAAUCAAUGGUGUGACUUUGUUGAGAACAAUCAGCGACACAAUAUUUCUGAGGAUACAUGGCUUCAAGUUUUGGCUUUCAGCCGUUGUGUACAUGAAAAUCUGGAAGGGUAUGAUCCUGAAGGUGCUUGGCCCGUCCUAAUUGAUGACUUCGUUGAGCACAUGUACAGGCUGUCAGGAUCUAAUAAAAUCUCAAAGUUACGUUGUAGUUGUGGAGGCUCAGAAUCACAGUCAGGUGCAUCUGAAGAUCCGUUUCCUGGUAUAAUAGAUUACGUUCAACUGUCAAAAGAAAAAAGAUUAAAGAUUCUCCCGGGUUUGAAGAGGAAAUUACCUGAGGACUUGCAAAUGGAUGGGAUGGUGUCUCCGAGUGAUCCUACAACUGGCUCCAUGGAGUUAAGUCCUGUUACGAGCAUCAAGAAAAGUAGAUUUAUGGCAUGCAAGCCAGUGAACUUGGAGAUAAAUGGACCUUCAUGUAAUGCAGCAGCAGAUGAAAACACAGAAAUGGUUCGAAAUAAUGGUGCAAUGGGUUGCUCCAAAGCUCCUUGUGCUGUUGAAGGUUGUCUGUCACAAGGUUUCGCUGGGCUUUUCUCGACACGUUCGUUCUUAGGAUUGGAUAAAGAAAGGAAAUCGUCAUUCACAUGAGUACGAGCGAUAUAGCUCCCAUGAUUUUUACAGGUCUCAUGCUCUCUUCUUUGUGAUGGUACAGCAUUUUUAAUCGGAUGAAUUGAUGAUUUGGCAGCAAAAUAGAACAAAGGAUUUUGAGUGUUUCUAAAGAGAACAGAAAUUAGUGAUUUGGCAUUACUCUGUAAUUGGGUCUGAUGCAUUUCAAAAAAUGAAUAAAAAUCUACAAUAGUUUGUGUUUUGUUUUA